AUGGUUCGAAAACGUUUUAUGUCUAAAGGAAAUGCAACGUUUGUUGAUGGGCUGGAUAAAACCAUCUUGAAACAAUGUGCUAAAGCACAUCCUUUAUUUCGACGUACAGCUAUACUCAGUAGUGUACUGAAUGAUGUAUUGGAUCAAGAACGGGAUUUUUUGCAACCUUGCUCACGCAAAAUGAAAAAAAAGGAAAGACAUCGUCGUGCUAAGCCCAUUGAUCGAACAAAUAUUAGUGCAGAAGACCUCGAAUAUCAACGUCUGCUCAAUGAAAUUAAAGAGGCUGAAGAAUAUGAACUCAUCGUUGAGCGUGAUAAUAGCAAACUAAGCAGAGAUCGUAUCAACUUGUCAGAGAUAACCAAAUUUGCAGCGAACAAAUUUUCUGGUAAUUACUCCAAGCCUUCAGAAUUUGAGAAAACUUGCAGCAAACUGGUAGAAGAAAAUGAUGUGACCAAGGAGAAUUCUGACAAGCGAAAGCAUUCUGUUGGUUUAUCUCUGAAUAAAAAUGAAGACAUAAAUCACGUUGAAGUUACAGGAUCACCUUUGAUCUUCAUUGUUCAUCCAUCUGAGCCAACUACGUCAACUCCUCUUCACGUCUUCCAAUCUACACAUACACCGCAUCCUCAUCAAGACAUACCUAAUUUUGACAGAGAUAUACAAUUGAGUCCAAUACUUCUUGACAGAGAAGAUACUGGCUGUGAUGUUAUUGAAAAGGAAGCACCAGCAGCCUGCGUACAUUCUGAUGGAAAUGAAGUAGAAGGAAAAUCAGGUGCAGAAACUAAUGAUCGUAAUCGGCUUGGCAGUGUAACAGGGAUUUCAACAACGCUUCAGAAGUCGUCCCCUCAGCUUACGAUUCUUAACUCACCUGGUCGCUGGGGAUUUCAAAAUGAAGAAUACGUGUGUGAAGAUGUUACGUCAUCUGUUCGAGGUGAUAGGAGCUUGUCGCUAUGUGAUGGAAAUGGGGAAAAUAGACCAUUCUAUUUAAAUGGCUUUCCGUGGACAACUCAGUAUGCUAGAAGACGUGACUACAAGCAAGAACUUUUCCAUCUUUGCAUGCAAAAAAGUAUUCAGUCUUGGCGACUUAAAAAAACAGUACUUGAUUUAUCGAGUCCGGUAAAGCUUGGAGAAGGAACAUUCGGCGAAGUGUUUCGAGUCAGUUACAAAGGGGAACUCGUUGCGUUAAAGGUGAUCCCAGUUGGUGGUACCAAAAUGAUUAAUGGAGACAAGCAGAAGUCAUUUCGCGACAUUAGCGCAGAGCUAAUAGUUUCAAAAGAAUUAUCAGACUUAAAAUACAUCGAGGAAGGGUAUUCCACUCAGGGCUUCAUUCAUCUUAGAGGAGCUAUGGUAGUAAAAGGGUCCUACCCAAGAUCUUUAAUUAAUGCAUGGCAGCAAUACGAUGAACGCAUGAAGUCCGAAAAUGAUCAUCCGUGCAUUUUUAGCUCUAAUCAACAUUUUUUACUUCUAGCUUUUGAAGAUGGUGGAAUUGACUUGGAAAAAUAUAUGAUUUCUAAUGUUUUGCAAGCGUACAGCAUUAUUUACCAAGUCCUUUUGACACUUUCUGUAGCAGAAUAUCGACUUUCGUUUGAACAUCGUGAUCUGCAUUGUGGUAAUAUUCUCAUCCGAAGUGUUCAGUCUGAUAAUGCUGUUAAAGCAAAUUAUAAUGGUUAUGAAGUUAGCAUUCCUACACAUGGUGUUGAAGUGAAAAUUAUCGACUUUACUCUGUCCAGAAUGUCUAAAGGAACGUCAACGAUUUUUUUUGAUUUGGCAAAAGAUGAUGAAUUAUUCACAGGCGAGGACUGUUUACAAUAUGAGAUCUAUCGAGCGAUGCGUGCGGUAAACAAGAACAAUUGGUUUCCGUUCUGUUCUAUCACAAAUGUGAUGUGGUUGAUAUAUCUCGUGCGUUAUUUAUACGACAAUAUGGAUGAAAAGAAUAUUGGCAGCCGAAGUGAAAGGAAAAAUUUCAUUUGUCAUUUCAAAGAUUUGCAUCGCUAUGCCAGCUUGUCUGAAUGGUUAGCAGAAAAAGCAGGUAGCACGAAUGAUUUCAUAGUAAUCGUCGAUGCAAAUCAUCAAGCUGCGGAAAUUUAA